AUGGAAACGUAUCACGGUCUCGUCCGCACUCCCGCAGACGCCAUCAUUCUAUUCGAAGCCUGCCGAUUAGGACUCCUUCCUCGCGUACAACGUCGCCUGUCCGAAAAAGAACGACAAGCGAUCAAGUCAGGCUCGGUAUUUGUGUGGGAUGAACGGGAAGCAGGAAUGCGCCGAUGGACCGACGGCAAAUCGUGGAGCGCCAGCCGCGUUUCGGGCAGCUUCUUGACGUAUCGCGAGAUGGAGGGUAAACGUGGAGGCGGCGUCUCGACCUCUCGGAGUGAAAAGACCCCCGACAGUCGAGGAAACAGCGACGAUGACAGGGAUGGUUCAGAAGAUGGCCCCGAUGGAUACCGUUACAAGCCAGAUGGUCUCAUGAAACAAUCCUUUAGCAUUACCACCUCUGCAGGACAACAUCUCCACCUCAUCAGUUACUACGCUCGAUCGCAUCCAACAGCCCCCAAUUUCAACCAGCCUUCUACUGAUCCUGCUCUACGACAUAUUCGCCCACAAAAGGGUCUCUAUCCCGAGUCAACAGUCAACGAUCAACAGAAUCUGCCCGUUGUCACUCGAGGCCCGAUGCCAGGCACUAUGACAUUGUCUCCCCACAUGCACAUGGCUGGCUUUCCUCGAAAUGGUGCUACUCACCCACAGUCAUAUGCCCCUCUCUACAGCUGGCCUCCAACUCCUUCCGCAACUCCACCAGCCGCGACAGUUCCAUAUCACCCUGGACAAAACUACCUCCCACCUCUUGCGGGCCCUUCUCCUUACGGACAACCACAACAACUCCCACCACAUCCUCAAGCUGUCGCUGGUCCUCCUCAUCCUGCUCCUCACCACCAACUGCCUACACCUUCGGAGCGACCACUCCACCUCGACACAACACUUCCGCCACCUGUACCUUGUGGCACUGUUUCCGCACCUGGCUAUCCUGGUUACAGCCGAUCGCCACGCACUGGCCCUAUGUCUAUGGAGGCACAAAGGGUGCAUUCUCCAAGUUAUGCAGUCAAGCCGAACUUGCCUGGACAGACUGACCCUCGCAUGAUGUCUCCUCGGUCCCAACCACCGCCAGGAUCCAGCGCUGAACCCCGGGUGUCUCCAAGACAGCCUCUAACUCCCAAUCAAUCACAUUUGCCACCACCACAGGGACACGAAGCCCCAGCAACAGGAGCAGUGCCCAGCAUCGUGACAUUGAUAAAUGGACCUGCUACUUCACCUUAUUCGAAAUUAAACGGCAGUCCAAGUUCUCUACGAGCGGAAGGUCCCAAAGAUAUCCCUAGUGAUAAGAUCGGAUUCGGUGGAGAAGAUAUGCGCGCUCUACGACAGUUGGAUCGGGUGUUUACUGCCUAG